AUGUUGUCCCUCCGCACGCUAGCGGAAGCAGCGAAUAUGCCUAUCCCUUACAUAUGUGACUCGUUGUCAGGCGGGAACGUUUGUGAGACCAAAUCUUCAAUCUUCUCGUAUAUAUUAUCCUUCUUCUCAGUCUUUAUCUUAUUUUUCAAAUCACUAUUCGGCCUUUCUGAUAGCAAUGGAAGAGAUGCUAAUCAGAACAGAGAUCAUCUGAGAAGGUCGAACGGGGCUGGAGGAGGCAGAUGGCCUGGAAGUGGUGGACCAGGUGGUCCCGGAAGAAAUGCUUACAUUUUGGCUGUUUUUUUUGUAUUUAUCACACCAGAUGCGGUUUCCGGCGUAAUAUCGGUGGUUUGCCUCGUGCAAGUGGCAUGUCCUGUCCUCCGAUGGCUGGAGGAGGAUGAGGCAGCUAAAUGUCUGGGUAGCGCCCAGACAGAAAGUGGUGUGUGUCUGAACUCGACGUGCGAUACCAUCUGCUUGGUUACAAUGCUGAUUUGUGUUGCGUUCUCACGGCUGCUCAAUAAUUCCGAUUCAUGA